GCCUGGCUACAGCAGUAUGGCUACCUGCCUCCUGGGGACCUACGAACCCACACACAGCGCUCACCCCAGUCACUCUCAGCUGCCAUUGCUGCCAUGCAGAGAUUCUACGGUUUGCAAGUGACAGGCAAGGCUGAUCCAGACACCUUGAAGGCCAUGAGGCGUCCCCGCUGUGGUGUUCCAGACAAGUUUGGGGCUGAGAUCAAGGCCAACGUUCGAAGAAAGCGCUAUGCCAUCCAAGGCCUCAAAUGGCAGCAUAAUGAGAUCACUUUUUGCAUCCAGAAUUAUACCCCAAAGGUGGGCGAGUAUGCCACAUUCGAGGCCAUCCGAAAGGCUUUCCGUGUAUGGGAGAGUGCCACACCACUGCGCUUCCGCGAAGUGCCCUAUGCCUACAUCCGAGAAGGCCAUGAAAAGCAGGCGGACAUCAUGAUCUUGUUUGCUGAGGGUUUCCAUGGUGACAGCACGCCUUUUGAUGGUGAGGGUGGCUUCCUGGCCCAUGCCUAUUUCCCAGGCCCCAACAUUGGAGGAGACACUCACUUUGACUCUGCUGAGCCCUGGACUGUCCAGAAUGAGGAUCUGAAUGGGAACGAUAUCUUUCUGGUGGCUGUGCACGAGUUGGGCCAUGCCCUGGGCCUGGAACAUUCCAAUGAUCCCUCAGCCAUCAUGGCACCUUUCUACCAGUGGAUGGACACAGAGAACUUCGUGCUGCCUGAUGAUGAUCUCCGGGGCAUUCAGCAACUUUAUGGGAGUGACUCAGGAUCACCCACCAAGAUGCCCCCUCAACCCAGGACUACCUCCCGGCCCUCCAUCCCUGAUAAGCCCAAAAACCCAACCUAUGGACCCAACAUCUGUGAUGGAAACUUUGACACUGUGGCUGUGCUCCGAGGGGAGAUGUUUGUUUUCAAGGAGCGCUGGUUCUGGCGGGUGAGAAAUAACCAAGUGAUGGAUGGAUACCCAAUGCCCAUUGGCCAGUUCUGGAGGGGCCUGCCUCCAUCCAUCAAUACUGCCUAUGAGAGGAAGGAUGGCAAAUUUGUCUUCUUCAAAGGAGAUAAGCAUUGGGUGUUUGAUGAGGCUUCCCUGGAACCUGGCUACCCCAAGCACAUUAAGGAGCUGGGCCGAGGGCUACCUACUGACAGGAUUGAUGCUGCUCUCUUCUGGAUGCCCAAUGGAAAGACCUACUUCUUCCGGGGAAAUAAGUACUACCGUUUCAAUGAGGAGUUCAGGGCAGUGGACAGCGAGUACCCCAAAAACAUCAAUGUCUGGGAAGGAGUCCCUGAGUCUCCCAGAGGGUCAUUCAUGGGCAGUGAUGAAGUCUUCACUUACUUCUACAAGGGGAACAAAUACUGGAAAUUCAACAACCAGAAGCUGAAGGUAGAGCCAGGCUACCCCAAGUCAGCCCUGAGAGACUGGAUGGGCUGCCCAUCAGGGGGCCGACCAGAUGAGGGGACUGAGGAAAAGACGGAAGUGAUCAUCAUCGAGGUGGACGAGGAGGGCAGUGGAGCCGUGAGUGCAGCUGCCAUUGUGCUGCCUGUAUUGCUGCUGCUCCUGGUGCUGGCAGUAGGCCUUGCAGUCUUCUUCUUCAGACGCCAUGGAACCCCCAAGCGAUUGCUCUACUGCCAGCGUUCUCUGCUGGAUAAGGUCUGACCCCCAUCGCUGGCCCACCCACUCCUACCAUGAGAACUUUUGUCUCUGAAGGCAGUGGCAGCAAGAGGUGUUGGGUGGGCUGCUCCCACCUAUCCUGACCCCUUCCCUCCAAACUCCCUUUCUGUCCCUUGGCUGGCCUCUCCCACCCUCACCCCUGGCAUUGCUUCUUCCCUAGACGGGUCCCCUGAGGACUAAGCGGAAUCCCUUCCAGCCUCUGGCCCUCAGGGGAGCCCUGUAGCUUGGUGUGUGUGCUGCCCCAUCUGAAUGUCAUGGGAGUUCUGCACUUGAAGGCAGAAUUCUCAGACCUCACUGGCCAAGGUCAAAUGGGGUCAUCUCCUUUUCUAUCCCCUGACAUACCUUAAACCUCUGAACUCUGACCUCAGGAGGCUCUGGACACUGCAGUCUUGCAAUUCCUAGGUGUACUUACUUGGCAGCCUCCUACCACUCUUUUGGCUGAAAGGAAUCUAAUCUUGUUGAAGGGAGGGCAGAGGCCAUGAGAGAGUGUGAGGGCUGGGGACUGCUCUACCACCUUGAGACCUUCGGAGAAAAACUCAAAGGGGGUCUUGGUGGCUCGCUCUGUCACGUUCCUCUCCACAAAGAUCUGCCUCUGCCCUCCCUAUCCUGAAGAACUUCCAAAGAAGAGCCUGAGCCAUUAAGGACUAAACUGGGGCUGAGGAAACUUGGCAGCCCUAGCCCCUCUCGAAUGUUAGCCUUGGAUGAGGAUUUCAAGGUUGGAAUAGCUAAAACCAGGGGCUGUGGCCCAAAGUGGAGUGGGGCCAUGGGGAGACACCGUGUCUGGAGCCCUAGGAAUGAGCCUGAAGAAUCUUGCUCAAAUGCAGGCAGCUGGGGCUGGGACCCAAGGCAGAGCAGUCAAGGGGCAGGAAAUGAAGUUUGGCUGAACAGGCCACAAAGGGUGCCACAGGGUGGGCUGCGGUACCCAAGAGAGAGCGCGUUUUACUGGGGCUCUCAGGAAGGGCCCUAAGGAAGGCACACUGGCUUCUCGUUGUCCCCUUUCUUACUGACCAGAAAUCAUGGAAGGGAUGGGUGGGAAGCCCAGAGACAGAAGUAAAAAUAGAGGGACUGGGACUCGGGGACCUAACUGAGAGAAAUCACCUACUUGUGGGACCAGAGGAGGUUCCCAGAGGCCUGGCAGCAUUUAGUCUACCUUCUACCCCAGUGAGAGGCAGGUGCCUGGCUGCUUCUUGGUGGGGUUGGCCCCUUACUUCCCUGAUGGCUACAUUCAGUCUAUCAUCCUGUCCUGUCCUCCCUCUCCCCACCCAG